AUGAAGCUUUCGAGCCGAUCUGAUAACGUUCGUUGUCGACAUAAAAGCAGCCUCAGUGAGGACAUCGCUGAAAGGCAGACCAUUGCCGACACCGGAGAUGACCAAGCCGUUUGGGUUGCCCUAGGCUUCAUUGACGAAAUCAGAGCGACUCCAAUGAAUCGAGAGGUCCGAACUGAGAAUACUGCUGCCGUUCGCCCUUUCCACAUUGGUGAUGACGACUAG